AUGUUUGGUUUCUGCCAAAAGUCUCCAGUCAUUCCCCUUUCAACAUGUCGGCCUCUAGUAGCCAUUUCGCCACCUCUGGAUGGACUAAGGACGCCCCGAUGUCUCCUUGCUUGA